CUGGAACUACAAGACCCAGAAGGCUUCGCGUCAGGGGGCAUUAGUCCCUGACCUCAGGGACGGAAACUGGUUGCAUAGCAACGGCAAACCCGUCGGGUUGCAGCAGCAGGCGGCAAAACUAACUAGGGGCGGCGACUGCAGCAUGUGCGAGGGCCCGUCUCGCAUCUCGGGGCCCAUCCCCCCAGACCCUACGCUUUGCCCUGAUUAUUACCGGCGGCCGGCCUCGGCCCAAGGGCGUCUUGAGGGAAACGCGCUGAAACUGGACCUGCUGACCUCUGACCUGGACCUAGACACCACCCCUCCCCGCGGUCCCCGCAUCAGUCCCGGAGCCCGAGAGAUCCUGGAGCGGGGUCGGCGCAGCGUCGGGGGCGUUCUGCUGCAACUCGAGGGCAUCUGCCUAGGUUCAGGGGCCUCUCCCAAGA